GAUAAAUACCUUUUUUUUUUGUCAUGACUUUUGGCCUGUCCAAUAUGACAUUCAAAAAUCGCGUUUGACACCCGCCCCCGUCACGUGGUCGCUGAUUAUCCGUCCAAUUAGCGUUGGGCUGUGACGUCACUGGUGGACUCCGCCGAUCUAGGUGGCGCGGCGGCUCUCGAGGGGUUCUCGAGCAGACCUUUCAGGAUCACCUCCGCGGCGCGCGCCGUAUGCGGACGCGCAUGAGGACGGAUCGCGGCUAUGGAGACGGAGCCGAAAUGGGUGCCGGUGGUACGCGUGUGCACGCUCACGGUGCUACUGUGCGUAUGCCCGUUGUGCUGCCAGGCCAGCUGGAUGCUGCUGGGCGCGGAGGGCUCAAGCGAGCGGUGGUCCCGGGACGGCGGCUGCCACUCGCUCCCUCUGAGCGGCCUCCAGCGCGACCUGUGCCUCAAGCGGAGCUUUCUGGCGCCCAGCAUCGUGGACGCGGCCCGGCUGGCUGUCGGCGAGUGCCAGAACCAGUUCCGACACGAGAGGUGGAACUGCUCCGCCGGCCGCGACCCGGCCGUCUUCGGGCAGCAGCUGACCAGCGGAACCAAAGAAACGGCGUUUGUGUAUGCGGUGAUGGCGGCCGGCCUGGUGCACGCCGUCACGCGCUUCUGUAGCCACGGCAACAUCAGCGAGUGCGGCUGCGACGCCCGCCUCCAGGGGGCGGCGGAGGCCGGGGAGGCCUGGCACUGGGGCGGUUGCUCAGACCACGUCCAGUACGGGACCGGGUUCAGCCGGCGCUUCCUGUCGGCGCACGUCGCCGUCAACGCCUCGGCCAGGACGCGCGCGCACGCCCUCCUCCGGAUGAACCAGCACAACAGCGAGGCUGGCAGGCAGGCGGUGGUGGCGACUAUGUCGACGGACUGUCGCUGCCACGGCGUUUCGGGCUCGUGCGCCGUCAAGACGUGCUGGCGGACGAUGGCGCCGUUCGGCCGCGUCGGCGCCUACUUGAAGGAGCGCUACGAAGGCAGCGUGCGCCUCAAGAGGAAGGAGCCCGGAGCUGGUGCGCCGGGGCGCCGCCCGCCGGACAAGCACCACUUGGUCUUCGUCAACAAGUCGCCCAACUACUGCGUGGAGGACCGUCGUGGUGGCGUGUUGGGCACCAGGGGGCGCCGCUGCAACCGCACCUCUGGGGGGCCGGACGGCUGCAAGCUGCUGUGCUGCGGGCGCGGCUACAACACGCACGUGGAGCGCCGCGUCCACCGAUGCGCCUGCAAGUUCGUGUGGUGCUGCUACGUGCGAUGUCGCCGAUGCGAGAGCAUGAGCGACACGCACGCCUGCAAGUGAAACGACUCGGACUUGUUCCAAGCCCCGAAUCAGCAACUUCACAAACUCCAAAACGGUUCCGUACGCCUCUCCCGGCCGGCAAAGAUGAGUUGGAGCCCAGUUGAUCCUCGAGGCGACAGCUAAUCCAUGCGCUAUAGAUUAAGAUUGUUUCUUUACAUCAAAUUGUCCAAGUCCUCUAACUUCAGCAGCGGUAAAUAAUGGCAGACUGCUGUGGUAGUCAUUUUUCUCUCGCUCGAUGAACGUUUGCAAACGAGCAAUUUGGUUGUGAAGAUCACACACAGGCCCUUUUCGUGGACUUUCCGACGGAGCAAACCAGAAAGUGGAUCGCCAUCGAUACCUUUGCGCAUAGUCUGUAGUCGGUGUGAAAUAAUGUCCCAUUGUCACCAAAAAGAUGGAGCUUGUUUUUUUGAAUCUGACAAAGGAAUCAGAGAAAUAUUUGCCCCCUUAUUCAGUCAUUAAAAUGGUAACG